AAAAUCCAGGUGCACUUUGUUGUUCUAAACUUUAUUGCUUUCACCUUCAAGUCGUACAGAAAGUCGUUAUGCAAGACCCAGUCGAGCCCACACAUGUCCACGGCGGCGCUGAAUGUGCCUGGGAAACAUGAAAAGACAAAAAGACGAGUGUAUCAUGACAUGGAUUUGGACUAAUGGUAUACUCGCUGCUUCUGUCUUAUCUCACAGAGCUGACGUCGCUGGACUUCAUCCUUUCCCGUGACGGACAACAACAGCAACUUCUCUCCCUUAGGGAUGAAAUAUGCACAUGCAUGCUCUGCGCCCGUAGAAAAAAGCAGACGACACGCACUGUAAAGUCCAAAGCGGCCCUACAAGCAGCGAGGCAAUUACUCUUGCAGCAGCCAGGCAGUGGCCUGAAAUCUCCAAAGAGCCAGGACAAGCAGCGUCCACUGCAGGUUCCCGUGUCGGUGGCCAUGAUGAGUCCCCAGGUGAUCACGCCGCAACAGAUGCAGCAGAUCCUCCAGCAGCAGGUGCUUUCUCCACAGCAGCUCCAGGCCCUGCUCCAGCAGCAGCAGGCAGUUAUGCUACAGCAGCAACACCUGCAGGAGUUUUAUAAGAAGCAGCAGGAGCAGCUUCAUCUGCAGCUUCUGCAGCAGCAGCAUCCUGGCAAACAGGUGAAAGAGCAACAGCAGCAGCAGCAGCAGCAGCAGCAGCUGGCCGCCCAGCAGCUCGUCUUCCAGCAGCAGCUCCUGCAGAUGCAGCAGCUCCAGCAGCAGCAGCACCUGCUCAACAUGCAGCGGCAGGGCCUGCUCACGCUGCCGGGGCCCGCUCCCGGCCAGGCCGCCCUGCCCGGUCAGACCCUGCCCCCGUCAGCAGGCUUGAGUCCUGCAGAGCUCCAGCAAUUGUGGAAAGACGUAACCGGAGGAGGCGGUGGCGGCGGAGGCGGAGGCCACGCCAUGGAGGACAACGGCAUUAAACACAGCAACAGUGGCAACGGUGCUGGUGGCGGAGGUGGUGGUGGUGGUGGUGGUGGCGGCGGCCUGGACCUCUCCACCAACAACUCUUCUUCAAAUACCUCCUCCUCCAAUCCCGCAAAAGCGUCGCCUCCCAUCUCCCACCACUCCAUCGCCAACGGACAGUCACCCGCCAUCAACCACAGACGAGAGAGGGAGCGGGAACGGGAAAGGGAAAGGGAGCGAGAGAGUUCACUACAUGAAGAAAGUGGAGGCACCCAUCCGCUGUACGGUCACGGCGUGUGCAAGUGGCCCGGCUGUGAGAACAUCUGCGAGGAAUUUGGACAGUUUUUGAAGCAUCUAAACAAUGAACACGCCCUCGACGAUCGGAGCACAGCUCAGUGUCGAGUCCAGAUGCAAGUCGUCCAGCAGCUAGAAAUCCAACUUUCUAAAGAACGUGAGCGUCUUCAGGCGAUGAUGACCCACUUGCACAUGCGGCCCUCGGAACCUAAGUCAUCUCCCAAACCACUCAACUUGGUGUCCAGCGUCACCAUGUCCAAGAACUUGCCCUCGGUAUCGCCGCCGAACUUACCUCAGACGCCCACCACGCCCACGGCACCCAUCACGCCCAUGGCCGCCAUGCCCCAGGUGCCGUCGAUACUGGGAGGAGCCAACGUCCCCAGCAUGGGCGCCAUGCGCAGACGCCACUCGGACAAAUACUCCAUGCCACUGUCUUCAGGUGGUGACACAGUAUUUAUUUUUCCAGAGAUCGCCCCAAACUACGAGUUUUAUAAGAACGCAGAUGUCAGGCCGCCAUUUACUUAUGCAACCCUCAUAAGACAGGCUAUCAUGGACUCUGCCGACAUGCAGUUAACGCUUAAUGAAAUCUACAGCUGGUUCACGCGCACGUUCGCCUACUUCAGACGCAACGCCGCAACUUGGAAGAACGCCGUGCGCCACAACCUCAGCCUGCACAAGUGCUUUGUGCGCGUGGAGAACGUGAAGGGGGCGGUGUGGACGGUGGACGAGGUGGAGUACCAGAAACGCAGGUCGCAGAAGAUCACAGGGAGCCCAUCACUUGUCAAGAACCUGCCCUCCAGUCUUGGCUAUGGAAGUGCACUAAACGCGAGCUUACAGGCUGCCCUGGCCGAGACCUCCCUGCCUCUGCUCGGGACCCCCGGCCUUAUGACCAGCGGCUCCACGGGCCCGAUGGGUGGCAGCUGCCACGGCCUCCUCGGAGGAGACCCGUCCGGGCUGACAGGCGGGAGUCCACACGGGCUGCUAGGUGGCAGCCCACCAGGGAUGCUGGGCGGUAGCCCCCCAGGCAUGCUGGGCUGCAGCCCCCCGACCAUGCUGCAGUCGGCCCACGAGGAGCUCAACGGCUCGCUUGACCACCUGGACACCAACGGACACGGCAGCCCCGGGUACUCCCCACCAGUACACAUGCCGCCCAUCCACGUGAAGGAGGAGCCGCUCAACAUGGACGACGACGACUGCCCGAUGUCGCUGGUGACGACGGCCAAUCACAGUCCGGAGCUGGAGGAGGACCGGGAGCUGGAGGAGGGGAACUUAUCGGAGGACCUCGAGUGACUAGGGCGCGGCUUUUGGCCGACGUGUCCCUCCGCCCGGGCCGCACUGUUCCUCCCACGCAGACCUCCCCCCAGACUAGAAACCACUCCACAGCCCAAGCAGACACAGCCGACUCUCUCUCUCUUGUCUCUAUCACCACUGGGACUAUUUAUUGAGCAUGCAUCCGGAUGGAGAGCGGCCCGAAGGAACUCUUUGCUGCAGACCUUUGGGAUCCCCGAACACGACAGGCAUGAGUUGCCCGGUUUAAAAAAAACAAAACAAAAAAACUAACUCUCCGAGAUUUCUUUAGAGAUGGCGUGGCCACGUACAGUACAAGGAGGAUGGACUCACGGAUGUGGGGGGGGGGGUGGGGGAGACGAAACGAGCCGAGUCAUGUUCCGUUGAAAGCUAGCGGCCUCAUAUACUGCCAAAAAGGAAGACGUUUUAUGUUUGUGAAUAACCCGACCCCACAGUAGUUGUUGACGUCUAGAGACAAUUGCUGGUUCAAUUCAAAGUUGUUGCUCUGUUCUCAUUUGCACAGGAGUAGUCUCAGAAAUUUGUGUCACUGCCUGUAUGUUGCUACGAUAAUAAAAAUAACCAGUAUAUUGUU